AUGCAGUCCCAGCUGAUGCUCGCCUCGCUCCUCGCCGCCGUCGCUUCGGCCAACAACCUGCUGACCCUGCGGCAGGCCGCCAACCCUCUGAGCUCGCUCUCCAAGGAGUGCAAGGCGGACCUCGAGGAGGUGCAGUCGGCGAGCGACCUGCCCGCGAUCCCGACGGCCUUUAUCGGCGACGCCUUUGCCGCCGUGCAGACGCUGUCCGACGCCUGCGCCUACACGCCCACGGGCACCGCCGCCGCCGAGUACACCAGCUUCGUGUCGGCCGCCGAGUCGUGGGCCAGCAAGCACACCAGCAUCGCCUCCAAGAUUGAGCAGGACUGCAACGCUGCUUUCCAAAACAUUGCCAACCUCUGCCCCUCGGGCGUCGGCGUCAGCAACAACAAGACCACGUCCGGCGGCGGCGGGGGAGGUGACGAGGCCGCUGACGGGGCGACCGCUACCGGCGACGCGGCCCAGUCGAGUGGCGGCGCUGGUGGCACGACCUCUGCGGCGGCUGGCAAGGGCCCGGCUGCGGUGGGCGCGCUCAUGCUUGCUGCUCUCGGCGCCUUUGCUCUGCUGUAA